AUGAAUAAUACAAGUGCUACUACUAUUCCAUACGCUAGUAUUCCUACCAGUGAAUCAUCAACAAUAAAUAAAAGUCAAUUAUCUGAAUUAAAACUUUCUGAAUAUUCAAAAGGAAAUUUUAAUUCAAAUGAAUCAUCAUUAUCAAUAAAUACAACUGAAAAAUUAGAACGUGCAUUGUCAAAUAUUGCACCAUUUUUACGUGAUAUAUUUAUAGAAUUUUCACAUAUUCUUACAAAAAUAUUAGUUAGUUUACAUGGACAAAAAUUAUUACCAAGUGGUUUACAUGCACUUAAACAGCAUCUAUUGUUGAACUUGUUAUAUUUAUUAUGCUCACAAGAAUGGCAAAAUUCUCUUCAAAAAUAUACUGGUUUAGCUUUUAUUGAAUUAGUUAAUGAAGGACAUUUAUUAUCACAUGCAAGUAAAGAUCAUGUUGUUAAACAAGUGAAUUUGGAACAAUUAUGUGAACAUUUUAUAACAGCAUCACGUUUACAAGAAAAUUUUUUAGCUAUGAUGAUUAAUGAUAAAACAGCUUAUUUAAAUAGUUCAAGAUUAUUUUGGAAAUUAGAUCCAUGA